UCUCACUUGUUUAUAUCCUCGAGUUUAUCUCCUGCCUGCCAGUAUCAAAUGCUUAUCGAUUUAGGGUUUCUGGCUGGUGCCUCUUUUUCUCUCGUCCUGCUUUCGCUUCCUAGCACUUGCUGAUUUCUCAGCCUCCUUUAGGUACUUUUGGAUGGCCUGAAUAUUUACUAUACAUAAGUGUACCCUUUAUAGUGUUCUCUGUUUUAGGGAGAUUAUGUCGAAUAACCUGGUUUCACACUACCCCAUCUCAGAUAGGCAUGUAGUUCAGAUGGAGCAUGGUUCCAAUUCUAUGGAUAUGGCUGCAUCAGAGAUGCAUGGGAAAAGAAAUCAUGUAUCACAUAAUAUCUAUGAGUCAACAGAGCAAAGAGAACCUCUCUAUAGUAACCCCGAGUUCACCAUGGUACCAAACAACGGGAUGGGGCACGACAAUCCUUCAAGUGGCAGUAUGGGUUUGAGCUCAAUCUGGAUGCCUGAUCAACUAACCUGCGAAGAUUCGAGUAUACCCAACAAUAUGUCUGGAGGAAAUUUGCCGUUACCAGUUAAAAGGAAGGCUGAUGUGGGACCUCUUCCACAGAGUUCUGUUCCUCAGCAGUCACAUUUGCCUAAUAAGAAACCGGGGAACAUUCAAACUGAUGCUAAUUCACUUGGGGUUCUGCAGCCACAAGCACCUCAAAAGACUACUUUGUCAGUGCAGUCCAAGUUUGGUCCCAGCCCACCCUCGCAACCUUCACCAAAUAAGAAAAUGAUGAGAAAUGAUUCCGUCUCUGGUAAAUCUGGAGUGCCCCGCGGACCUGCUAAAAAGCAAACUGGUGCACUUGAAUCAACAUCAACAUCCAAGGGGCGCUCUGAGUCGAUGGAAGGUGUAAGGUCCAAAAUGAGGGAGUCUCUAGCUGGUGCAUUGGCCAUGGCGUGUAAUAACCAGGACAAUGUUUCAGAUACUGCGAAAAACAAAAGUGAUGCAGCACAGGUUUCUGAAUCCAAUUCCACCUUUGGUAUUCAUGUUCCUGCUUCUAGUUUGAACGAAGUGUAUCCUCUAAAAGAUACAAUUUCACCUGGAAAAACUGGUAGGGAACAGAUUUUUCCUACUGAACUAUCUCCUUGUGGAAGCAGUGGGAUUAAUGGACCGUCCUUCCCGGAGUUCCAGUAUAGUUCUGGUUUACCUGACGAGGAUGGGCCAUUUGGUGAUGAUUUCUUUGUUAAAGAUGAUCUUUUGCAGGGACAUGGGCUUUCUUGGGCAUUUGAUUUUGAUGUUCAAAUGGGAGGUGGUGAGGACGAACAAAAUGAAAAAAAUCUGUUGUCAACGAAAGAGGAAGGCCUGGAACAUGGAGUUGAGGAUGCAAUGACACCAGAGUACUUGGCCUUUCAAAUUGAAGCUGAACUCUUUAAGCUAUUUGGUGAUGUCAACAAAAAAUAUAGAGAGAAGGGCAGGUCUCUUUUGUUCAACCUUAAAGAUCGGAACAAUCCUGAGCUCCGAGCAAGGGUCAUGUCUGGUGAAAUAUCACCUGAGAGAUUGUGCUCAAUGUCAGCUGAAGAGCUUGCUUCGAAGGAGUUAUCAGAGUGGCGUAUGGCCAAAGCAGAAGAACUGGCACAAAUGGUAGUUUUGCCUGACACUGAGGUUGAUAUAAGGCGUCUGGUUAGAAAAACACACAAAGGUGAAUUUCAAGUAGAAGUUGAGCAUGGUGAUGAUGGCAUUGGUGCAGAUGUUUCUGGUGGGGCUUCUAUGUCAAUGCAAUCUCAACCCCAAAAGGAGUCUGAAGCUCUUUCUCCUUCUGAGGGAAGCCUUAAAGAGAAAGAGAGACUUGCUGGCCAAGAGAGUCAUUCAGAAGACCCGAAUCUUACUGGUAGUGUGAUUAUUCCAACCACUGGGACUGACCUAAUGCAAGAGACGAUGGUGGAUGAAUUGAAGGAUGCAGAAUUUCUUCCUCCAAUUGUUUCAUUAGAUGAAUUUAUGGAGUCUCUUCAUACUGAACCUCCUUUUGACGCUUUGAAGCAUGCUGGACAGAAAACACCCACUCCAUCACUUGAGGAAAGCUCAAAACUUCUUUCCAACUCUCAAGUUGUUGAUCAUGCUUCAAACUCGCCUAAAAAUGUUUCUUCCAGAAAGGUUUCUGGUAAUGUCAAGAAACGUGAAGUUAGUGCAACAUCACCAAGUGGUAAAAAGUUGAAACAUCUUCCUAGUGACAUUCCAAAGGUUGGAUAUAUCUGGGAUGGUGUCCUUAAGCUGAAUACAUUGACCACAAUUGCAGUUGGUGGUAUAUUUCAAAGUGGUGAAAAGACAUCAACAAAGGAGUGGCCCAGUACUCUUGAGGUUAAGGGGAGAGUUAGACUUGAGGCAUUUGAAAAAUUUCUUCAAGAACUCCCAAUGUCUCGAACUCGUGCAGUCAUGGUUCUCCAAUUUGUGUUGAAGCAUCAGCAUCAGUCCAACAAUGAGCGCAGUAACCUUUCUGAGGUUAUUGAAGCAUAUUCUUCAGAUCAAAGGUUGGGAUACGCCGAACCCUCCCGUGGCAUCGAGCUUUACCUCUGCCCUCCUACUUCCAGAAUAACCGAGAUUUUAGACAAGCAAAUGCAUAAGUCGAGCCCCAAGACCGACGGAUCCAUGGAGAAAAUCUACCUAAUUGGCGUAGUUGUGUGGAGAAGAGCUCAUACAAGCAGCAAAACGAAGUCGCCUCAUUCGCCAUCUCACCACAAACAAAGCUCGAAAAAGCAUCCAACCACUAUGAAGAGGGUUCAAGAAUUGUCUAAUACCGACUCAAAUACUGUCUCCAGAACUUCGCCUCCAGUGGCAAACAAGCCUCAGCAACAGAAGGUAGAGAAACUGAGAGAAGAGGCCGAGGAUGAUGAUGACGACGAUAUCCCACCCGGGUUUGGUCCCGGAGUCGCCACCCAGGCCACGAAAGAUGACGAUGACUUGCCCGAGUAUAACUUCUCUGGCGAGGUGAACCCAUCCAUUCCUAGAACAUCUCCGCAUAACUUACACCCUAGUGCGAAAAUAAAUCAUCGCCCGGUAGAUCAAGUGAGAGAACUCAUUAAGAAAUACGGGCAGGGCAGUAGUUUGGUAGACGACAGGAAUCUUGGCUUCGAACCUUGGAUUGAUGACGAUGACGAUGAUAUUCCGGAGUGGAGGCCGCCGGGAGCUGAAGCCUCCCAGCAAUCACACAGCCAGCGCAUCCCGGCAGAUCAUGGAUCCGCCCAUCGGCUACAAGUGCCUGCUCGCCCAACUAAUCGGCAAAUGGCUGCCAUGGCAGCCCAGAAGUCCCCAAGUGUACCACCCGGUGCCCCACCAAGAUGGGUGCAGCCGCCAGGUCCUCCAAUCAGAGGCGGCUCGAGAUGGCGGCAGCCGUGAUUAGGGAAUGGAUCGGAUUAAAAAUAGAAUCUUGCAGAAACAACCACCUUGUGUGUCCUUCUCUACCAUACUAAUCCAUCUGUUUUACCACCUGUUUGUGAUAUAUCUAGAGGCAUAAUAAUCUGCUGAUAUUAUUGGCUUUUCUUAAUCUGUUUUUCUUAGUUUCUUCAA